AUGGAAUUAGGGAGCGUCUCUGUUGUGAUUUCAGCACUGUGCAUGGUUAGUUUUAUUGCAGGAAGCUUAGAGCCUGCAAAUUUAUUUAUUAUCCAUAUGGAUAACACUGAGAUGCCAGAAGUAUUCCGAUCUCCCGUAGAUUGGUACAAGUCCAUAAUUUCAACUGUAAAAGGCGAUGAAGAUGAUAUGCCCAUCUAUAUCUAUGACAGUGUGAUGCAUGGCUUCAGUGCCAUGCUCACACAGAGUCAAUUAGAUGUGCUAGAGGAGAUGCCAGGCCACCUAGCAUCUUUCCUUAGUAAAGAGGGAAUAAUGCUCACUACGCGUUCGCCUGAGUUUCUGGGACUCAGACCUGACAAGGGCCUGUUGCCCGAGGCGCUGUUCGGGCAAGAUGUAAUCGUGGGCAUAUUAGACAGUGGGAUUUGGCCAGAGACCGCAAGCUUUUACGACACAAAUGUGGGACCAGUCCCCAGAAGAUGGAGGGGAGGCUGCGAAAACACAGCAGACUUUCCGAGUUCUCUCUGCAACCGCAAGCUGAUAGGAGCCCGCUCCUAUAAACAAGCGGUGGUGGCCAAAUAUGGAAGUAUCGACAUGGAGAAUGAUUACGCCUCACCCAGAGACUUUCAUGGGCAUGGAACCCAUGUUUCAUCGACGGCGGCAGGUAACUAUGUAAAAGAUGUAAAUUUCUACGGCUAUGCUUCGGGUACUGCUCAUGGCGUAGCUCCCGCGGCCCGAGUCGCCAUGUACAAGGUUGCCUGGUCAAAUCGUCCUCUUCAGGGAGCUGAUGUGCUGGCUGCAAUGGAAGCCGCAGUUAAAGAUGGAGUCGACGUUCUGUCUCUCUCAAUUUCCUUGGCCGACUCGGCUUGGAAUCCCUUUUUCCGUGACGCAAUCGCCCAGGGAGCCUUCCAGGCUGUAAAGGCAGGCGUUCUGGUCGUCUGCGCCACUGGCAACGCAGGCCCGGCACGGGGAAUUCUAGACAACGGGGCGCCGUGGAUCUUCAGCAUCGCUGCGAGCACCAUUGACAGAGAUUACGAGGCUGUUGUCAAGCUGGGCGACGGCAGCAUCAUAAAAGCGGCAUGCUUCUACACAAAUGAGGAGAGCUCUCACUAUUCUAUUUCUGAGAGCGCUCUGGUUUAUGAAAAGGGAGAACCAUCAUGCCACAGGAGCUUCCACGUGAAGCUCAAGGGAGCGGUGCUGUUGUGCACCAGUGUCAGCGAUUCCCUGAUAGAGGAUUUGAAGCUACUCGGAGUCCGGGCCUUGUUAUUGGUGUUGGGGACGGACAGUUUUUCGGUCUACCCUAACCACACUUUUCCUCUGGUGUUGCUCAAACCCGAAGAUGGAGCGGUGCUAGUGCGAUAUGCUUCGUCAUUUAUAAGGCCUGUUGUUCAAAUAGAGAUGGGUUUGACGAUGCAAGGCGUGGAAGCUCAACCUGCACCUGCUUUGGCGCGUUUUUCGUCUAGAGGGCCGUAUCUACCAAGCCCACAUAUCCUCAAGCCUGAUGUUACAGCGCCGGGUGUAAAUAUUCUAGCAGCCUCACUUCCCACUAUCGCAAGCGGUUAUGCUAUCAACUCCGGAACAUCCAUGGCAUGUCCCCACGUGGCUGGAUUGGCCGUUUUACUGAAAGCGGUGCACAGGAACUGGAGUCCCGGGGCGAUCAGGUCCGCAAUCAUGACCACUUCGUAUACGUUCACGGAUGACCACCACCCAAUCGCCGACCAAGGCUACGAUGGCAGCGCCGCAACGCCUUUUGAUAUUGGUGCAGGCCACGUUGAUCCUCAGAAAGCUCUCGACCCGGACUCGCUUCCCGAAAUUCGACUAAUCGUUGGAAAGCCUAUUGAUGGAUGUCCCAGCGGCCUCCAGUUGGGCUAUGAUGCUCUCAACUAUCCAUCCCUGACAGCGAUCUUCCAGAGGAAUGUCGCCACCUCAUCCUCUGCCACAUUCACCAGACAACUGACAAACGUGGGAGAGCAUAUAUCGUCUUAUGUGGUGGUUGUGGAGGUUCAGAAGGGACUGAAAGUGCAAGUUGUUCCGGACGCUCUUCAAUUCAAAUACAAAUUGGAGGUGCUCGAGUUUAAAGUAACAGUGGAAGUCGAAGAAGUUAUGGGAGACACAUUUGUGCUAUACGGAGAUUUUAGCUGGAAAGAUGAGAAAGGACAUGUUGUAAAGAGUCCUGUGACGGCACUGUUUCUGUAA